AUGUCAGCCUACUUGAAAGAAACGUACAUUGCCCAGUUGGCAGUCCAGAGAGCUACCCUUUUGACACAGAAGGUUGCGGUUGAGCACUUGAAAGGCGUUAGCAAAGAGGAUCAUUCUCCAGUUACGAUCGGGGACUUUGGAGCCCAAGCAAUAAUCAUCAAUUCCAUCCUAAAGAAUUUCCCUGGCGAUGAGGUUGUUGGGGAAGAGGACUCCAAAUUGAUCAAGGAGAAGUGUCUUGGUGAGAACAUUCUUUCUCAAGUCCAGUAUGUUCAAGAGCAGGAUUCCAGCAACAAUGAUUCUCUGGGUGUCAUUGAGGACAGCGACACAUUAUGUGAUAUCAUUGACAAGGGUCAGUCCAACGGUGGCAGCAGCGGUCGCAUUUGGGCUCUUGAUCCAAUUGAUGGAACCAAAGGCUUCUUAAGAGGAGACCAGUAUGCCGUGUGUCUCGCACUAAUGGUUGACGGUGUGGUUCAAGUUGGUGUUAUUGGCUGUCCAAACCUUCCUCACCAAUUAAACGACAGUAAUUCACCUGUGGGGGGACUUUUUACCGCAGUCAAAGGCGCUGGGUCCUAUUUCCAGGACCUCAAGUCGGAUCUGGUAUAUCCUUUCACCAGAAGCAUGAGAAUUCAAGUGAAUAAUUCACUUCCUGUAGAACAGGCCCGAGUCCUGGAGGGUGUUGAAAAAGGACACUCUUCUCAUAAUCUUCAAUCGUUGAUCAAGCAGGAUCUCAAUAUACAAAGCAAGUCAGUGAACCUUGACUCACAAGUGAAAUACUGUGCGCUGGCCAAAGGUGAUGCCGAAAUCUACUUGAGACUUCCUAAAGACCCAGCAUACCGUGAAAAGAUUUGGGACCACGCAGCAGGUACUCUUUUGGUUCAUGAGAGUGGUGGAAAAGUCACCGAUAUUUAUGGUUCACCUCUAGAUUUUAGCCAUGGCAGAACAUUGGACAGCCAAGGUGUCAUAGCUGCUACUACCAACGUUCACGGCCAUAUUAUUAAGGCCAUUAAACGAAUCAUUGGUGAAAAGGGAGAAAAGUUGGAGGAAUACUCUCCAAACCAAUGGGUUGCGCGCUAUAUCAUAAUUGUUUUCGCCAUAAUUGUGCGAUGCGCAGUUGGGCUGGGACCUUACUCGGGACAAAACACACCUCCUAUGUUUGGAGAUUUUGAAGCUCAGCGCCAUUGGAUGGAGAUUACCACACAACUACCGAUUAGGGAGUGGUAUUUUUAUGAUCUUCAGUACUGGGGGCUGGAUUAUCCUCCUUUAACUGCCUUUCAUUCUUGGCUGCUAGGAAAAAUUGGCUCCUUGACAGAUGUUUCGUGGUUCGCUCUCGAUGUCUCAAGAGGACUCGAAACUGACGACUUAAAGUCUUACAUGAGAAUUACAGCUCUCUUGAGUGAAUUAUUCAUUUAUAUUCCGGCAGUGCUAAUGUACACUAGGUGGAUGGGGAGAUAUUACAACAAGGCUUCUCCUAUUGACCAAACUAUCAUAGCGGCGGCCAUCCUCUACCAGCCGUCUCUGAUUAUUAUUGACCAUGGGCAUUUUCAAUACAAUUCUGUGAUGCUUGGUCUAUCUCUCUUUGCAAUUGUCAACCUCUUGGAAAACAACUAUGUUUUAUGCUCGGUGUUCUUUGUGUUGGCUCUUGGUUUCAAACAAAUGGCACUCUAUUACGCUCCUAUUUUCUUUUUCUAUCUUCUUAGUGUCUGCAUUUUCCCCUUCUCCAAGAUGAACCUGUUGAGACUGGUUUCCGUUGGAGUCUCUGUGCUUUUCACGUUUGUGCUGAUGUUUUUACCCUUCGUGUACAAGGGCGGAUUUGGGCAAAUCAUCCAAAUACUCAUCCGUGUGUUUCCAUUCGAUAGAGGCAUUUUUGAAGAUAAGGUGGCCAAUUUUUGGUGCGCAACUAACGUGAUUAUUAAGUACAGACAAAUCUUCACUCAAGAUCAGUUGAAGAAACUGUCGCUCCUGUUGACGUUGGCAGGAAUCGCGCCCGCUUCCAUUACAAUUUUCAUAAAGCCAAGCAAGAAUUUAUUUACCUGGUGCUUGGCAUCCUGCUCAUUGGCUUUUUAUCUUUUUUCAUUCCAGGUGCACGAGAAAUCAAUUCUUCUGCCUCUGAUGCCAAUCACUCUUCUUCUCAACGAGGUUGAUCCCGACGUCAUAUCUAUGGUUUGCUGGAUUGCCAACAUUGCUUUAUUCUCGAUGUGGCCGCUUCUUAAGCGAGACCAGUUGUCUCUUCAAUAUUUUGUUUUAGGGAUUUUGAGCAACUGGCUCAUGGGCAAUUUGAGUUGGAUCAGAAUGUAUUUGAGAAGAGCUAAAAUUCCAGUUCUUGCCAGGGAGCUAGCAACGCCAGUGCUUCCUCACAACUUAUUCUGGCGCUUUGUCAUCAUCACUGCCACACCUUUGGGUGAUCUCUAAUGUCAUCCUAUCAUUUGGCUGCUUCAUGUUGUUUUGGUGCUGGACAAACUACAAAAUCAUUCAGAAAGCAACCUUCAAGGUUAAAGCCAAUUAAUAAAUUCAAGUUAUAUCACUGGACUCCGCUAACAUUUUUCCAUGACGCAGUGGAAAAUUCGAGAGCAUUGGCGCACUCGGGUAGCUGUAGUCCCUCUUUCAGCUUACGGUCGUGGGUGAAGAAUCCCCAUUGAGUUUCCCAUGUACUGCCUUCCUCAUGCCAUAUUUUUUUCCAUGGCUCAUCAAAGGCUUCGAAAUAGUACCAUGCGAAUUCUUGCGUCUUGGGCGAACAUACCCAUGAUUCAAGGAAUUGGUGCAUUUCCUUUUUCCCGGCAACUGAAGCCAUGUAUUGUCCACCACCAGUUGGCCAGCCAACUUCGGUAACAGCUACCUGAACUUCCGGCCGUAUACUAUGGACAUAUGGCAACACCUGUUGCUCUAGGAAAUCGAGUGUCCAUUGCACUCCUUUAUUUACUGCCUCUCCUCCAAAAAAGGGGUGAAUGUUGGCACCAAUGAAGUCGCACUUCUCAACCAUUUCACGCUUGACUUGGGAUCCCAACUCAGAAGUCCCAAUUGGAAUGUCUCCGUAUCCAAUGGAUUUCGCAUAGGUUCUAGCUUCUUCCACAUACGAGAUCAGCUCUCUCACGGUUUUGUCUUCCCUGAAAAGUACCUCAUUUCCAAUGAUUAUUGAAUUGAAGUAGCGUUUCGGGAAGUUGCUUAGCAACCACUUCAUUUCAUUCAUCUGUUUCCAGUUCGAAUGGUCAUCUUCUCCUAUCCAAACUCCAAGGGCAAUUGUCAUAUUCAGGUUAAGCUCCUGAAAAGCUUUGAGGAUAAGUUCUGCCUGACGGCAUUGCGUCCCAUAGGUUCUUACCCUGGUUGUGACUCUCGACAACAGCGCAACAUCCAAUAAAACGUCUCUUUCUGUGACUUGACACAUGGGCUCAAUCACCCCUCUUGGGGCGUAAGACAGACCAUAGAAGGAUUGCUUUAAUCUGUUGUCCUCCAUGAGGGCCCUUAUUUCGUAAUCCCCUUGAUAUUUACUGCUGAUACCUCGGAAUGAAUUAAUCGUCGAGUUAUUAAACAGAGUGUUAUUAUUUUGAGGGGUAUUAUUGAGACGAGAAUAGUUGUCCAAUCGCUUGCCACUGCUAAGAUUGAAAUCAUUGAAAAUGCUGGUAACUUCUGGAUAUCUCUCAUGUUCAUCCAACGCUUGAAAAUAUUGAGCCACUUGCUCUCGUCCGACUUUGGAAGGAGACCACGCUUUGAUAGACACCAAACUUGCAUAUAUAAGUAGAAGGAUGAAAAGAAAUGCCAAGAAAAUUCCAAUCCAAGGAGACAUUGUCAGACGGUACUGAUAUACAGGCUCAAUUUUUGUCAUUUUCUCUCCUUCUGUAUCUUUAAACUCCACAGAUUUUUUGCGGUCGUCAGCAUGAA